UCUUUGUUCCUUCCCUCCUUUAUCCAGGCUGACAGCUAAUGAUAUCAUGGAGCCCAACCUGACCUAUGUGUACCCCCACACACGGGUCCAGUCUCUGGUCAGCAUCCUGCGCACCACUGUCUACAACGCCUUCCCUGUGGUGACAGAGAACCGGUACAACGAGCGGGACUUCCUUAAGGGAAACAUCUUGGUCAGCAACAACAUCCGCUUUAAGAAAUCCAGUGUGUUAUCCCGUGCGGGGGAGCAGCGGCGGCGCUGCCAGUCUAUGAAGUCAUACCCCUCCAGCGAGCUGAGGAACGUCUGUGAGGAGCACAUCGCCGCCGGGGGGGAAGGGGAUAGGGGGGAGGACCUGCUGCAGCAGAUGCUAGAGAGGAG